CAGAAAGACAGGGGUUGCUAUUUUGCUGGAAGCCACUUUGCAAUUCCAGAAGAUGGAUAGCUGUAGGGAUCCAGAGGGCAGGUAUCUCUUCAUCAAAGGAAAGGUUGCUGACCAAAUAUAUACACUAGCGGUUAUUUACACCCCCAAUCAUGGCCAAUCACCCCUCUUGGGCAGGACGCUGACUAAACUGAAACAUUUCACAGAAGGCUUUCUGAUCUUAGGGGAGGACCUAAAUGUCCCACUAGAUCCCAUCCUGGAUUGUUCCUGGGGCCAUAGUUGCAUAUAUCAGAAACAAAUUUGAACCAUACGUAUAGCACUUAGGGAUCUGAAGUUGGUGGAUUGCUGGAGAGCGUGUCACUCCACUGACAUGGAUUAUACUCACUACUCAUCCCAUGCAUUACUGUCGCUCACGUAUAGAUUACCUCUUCCUCCAGCAGGAAGAUCUCACCCACCUACUUAAAGUGAUGAUAGGCACCACAACUUUGUCAGACCAUGGACCGGAGCUGAUCAGUGUCGAAUCUCAGCUAGCCAAACCUGCGGAAUGGAAGUGGCGCCUCAAUGAAUCUCCGCGGCUAGACCCAGCUCUCAAGGGACAGGUGGAGAAGGCUUUAACCCUUUAUUUUGAUGAGAAUGAUGCAGAUGACGUGACCCCUCUCACGCUGUGGGAAGCACAUAAGAGCAUCAUCCGGGGAUGCUUGAGAGGCCUCGCAACAAAGAAGAAGUAAGACGCUUCCCUACAUAUAUCAGAGCUUACUACUCAGAUCUCCAAUCUUGAGCUACAACAUAAAUGGUCCCGUCUGGAAUCUGUAUACACAAAACUAUUGGAGGCUAGACGUCAGCUAACAGAACUUUUGCUGCGCUAACAUUUUAGGGGUAUAGAUAUCUAAAGAAUUCUUUU